CACACACACACACACACACGGUAUAUAAGCCUCACGUCUGCUGCGUCCUCUCUCAGCUGGACUCCGUCACUUCGUCGUGUCUCAGCAUGGAGGACACCUACGUCAGGCAUGUGGAGCUCCUGGGCUUCGAGAAGCGUCUCUUCCCCAGUCAGCACUACGUCUACAUGCUGAUGGUGAAGUGGAGCGACCUGUCGGAGAAGCUGAUCUACAGGACGUAUCCUGAGAUCCACACCUUCCAUAAAUCCCUGAAGGAGAUGUUUCCCAUCGAGGCCGGUCAAAUAGAAAAGAAGGACAGAAUCAUCCCUUCACUACCAGCGCCGCGGUGGUUGGACAGCCAGAAGUCCACAGAGACCAGGCAGAGCACGUUGGCGGAGUACUGCCACUCGCUGGUCAACCUGCCGCCUCACAUCUCCCGCUGCAAACACCUGGCCAGCUUCUUCAAGGUGCGACCAGAGGACGAAAACCCACCGGCCCCAAACACACUGAAAAGGAACGAGACGUUCGUGGUGUCCAGGGAGUUGGCCAGAGGCAACGCGUCUGAGAUUUCCGGCCCCAUCAUACUGGACACCUACAGGGUGCUCGCAGAUUACACCAAGACGUCCAAGCAUGAGAUCAACCUGCACACCGGAGACCUGGUGGACAUCGUGGAGAAAAAUCAGAAUGGUUGGUGGUUCUGCCAGUGCGAGUCCAAACGAGGCUGGGUUCCCGCCUCCUACCUGGAACCUCUGGACGGCCCGGAGGAGGCCGAGGACGCCGAACCAGACUAUGAAGGUGAGCUGCACGUCACCAUCAAAGCCUACAAGGCAGAGCAGGAGGACGAGAUCUCUCUGGAGCUCGGUGAAACCAUCGAGGUCAUUCACAAGCUGCUGGACGGCUGGUGGGUCGUCAGGAAAGAAGGUGAGACUGGCUUUUUCCCCUCCAUGUUCCUGCACAAGGCUGGCAAGAAGGAGCAACAUGAAGCAAAGAGGGCGAACGUGCAGGGACAGAAGCCCCCACCUCGCAGGUCUACUAUCCGAAAUGCCAAGAGCAUUCACAACAAGUCUCGGCAGCGGCUCAGCCAGGAGGCCUACCGCAGGAACAGCCGCCGCUACCUCCAGCAGAAGGGGGACAAGGGGGGCCGCCUCGCCGAACCACACAGGACCUCCAAGAACACCGCGAAGUCACCGCUGAGGGAGAGGAAGAACCAGGACAACAUUCCCGAGCAGUCCGGCUCCAGUUCGGAGAGCGAGCUGAAGAAGGAGGCUCCGGUCAUCCCUCCCCGGCCCAGUCCGGAGCUCAUCCUGGAGCGCUGCAGCGACAACACCCGCAAGAAAGUCAGUAUCCACAAGUCCCGGCCCAGCUCCGACAGCUAGCGUGGGGACCCACCAUACGUCUCAGACACCAUGAAACGGGAGCUUUUGUCCUCCCUCACUUUGUGGUGUCAACAAAUGGGAGAGCAGGUGGUCAUUUGAGUAAAAGAUGAUACAAAAUAUUAAUAGAUAGUAAAAGUGAUGGAAAAUAACUAAGGAUUUGCUUUCUUUUUUAUAUUACAUUGUAUUUGGUGUGGUAACUUGCUUUAAGUUUGAUGUUGUUCUGUAGUUUUCUUAUUCCAAAUUAAUCCUAUUAAAACCAACAAUGCGUUAAGAAGUCUCUCGAUACUCACCAAACAUGUACAUAUUUAAAACCCCUCACGAAAACUAAAUAGUUUUUGCAUCUGUCAGGGACUAUUUUCGGAUGGAUCCACAUUUGGUGUUCUAUCGAGUAUUUGUGGAAGCAGGACCGAGUGUGUGGGAAAAUAAACUACUGUGUGUGUGUGUGUGUGUGUGUGUGUGUGUGUGUGUGUGUUGAGGUAAGGAAGGAACAACAGUGUGGCCUACUGAGAACGUACACGAUGUCAGUAAAUCUUAACUAUAAAUGUGAAUUAUCUCACGAUAACGAGACGUUUAAAGGAAAAGUUGUGUAAUUUUUGGGGAAAUACACUCAUUUGCGCUGUGGCAGACUUAUUUGAGAAGACUGAUGCCACUUCUAUAUGGUAAAUAUGAUGCCAAACAAACCAACCAGCACUUCUCAAGAUGACUCAGCACAUUAUAGAGAUAGAAUCACAAUUGGUUUGGCUGCAUUUGUUUUGGGAAAAAAGUUUGUAAUUGUUACAAAGGUAUAUAAUUAUGAAAACAAAUUUAAAAAGCAGUUGGAAUAUUAUUUUUGGUGAAUUUAAUGGCCUGUCAAUUUAUAUAAUGAGUCAUUUAUUUACUUCUUUACAUUCUUUCAUUCUGGCAGCUUCAGACCACUUUGUAACUGUACGUUUUAAAAGUGUUAUAUAAAUAAAUCUUUAUAAAUUUA